AUCAGCUGACUUUGGGGGCGGAACUGAGUCCUGCUCUGUGUUUACCCUUUAACCCUUAGUGAGUUGGAAAUCCGCAGGUGUCUGCGUGAGGGCGGCCGGGAGGGGCUGAGGCCAGGCCCCGGGCAGCUUAGAGUGAAACUGUGAUUCCAGAAAGUCUCUGGGCACCUGAUCCUGAUUUUUCCAAAUAAGAAACAUGAAGUUCAGAACUUUGGUUGACUUGCUGGGGGCCACUCAGCGAGGACACGGAGUGGGUCUGAGACGAUCCCGUCUGACCCAAGGUGGAGCCCCUCUUCCCGCGCCGCACGGGCCCAGCCACAUGGCCGCCCGCCUGAGGGCGCACCUGUCUGUGUCAGGGUCGGGGUCAGGGUCGGGGUCGGGGUCAGGGUCAGGGGGAAGCCUGCUCAGCGGUGCCCGGCGGGACGUGGCUCGGCCAGAGGGAGGCUUUGGGCUCAUGCCGAGACCGUCUUUCCCGGCUCUGCCCGGCGCAGAGGUAACUAGCGUGUGGCCGGGAAAGCGGAAAUCUAACCUGCGGUGCAGUGGGCUCGGGGUCUGGCCUAGAUCUACGAACGCAGGAAAGAGAAGCGUGUUUCUCUAGGUCGUCUGCGCCCUCUGACCCGUAAGGCUGUGCACUGAAUAACAAACGCCUGCUUCUAAGCGGUUCUCAUCUUAAAAUGCAUGUCAUCCAAAUAAGGCAAGAGAACUGAAGCAAGAAUCCGAGAUAGUUUGAAAAGUAAAGAAACGACGGAGAAUGGGACGAUCAAAAUAUGCCAGUUGGGAAAACGGUUUUGUGCGGGAGGCGGGAGCCGAGGGGGGGGUCGCCGAGGGACCGGGGCUGCUGGGGAGUCUGACGGGCUGACGGACACCUCCAGUUGAUGGUUUUAAGCCUGAUUUGCAAGUCUGAUGAAAGUGUUUAAAACUCUACCAGAUCAGACAAGAACGAGAAAAGACAUAUUAGGAAAAUGGAAUCCUUUCAUCUUUGAAAUAUUUUGAUCUCGGUUGUUGGAGUUUGAAAUGUAAGAAGUUUUCUUUUGCUCGCUCGUCGCUGGAAUCGGGUCAGACUUCGGGCGUCGAUUGCCUGUGUCUUUUUGUUCCAGGGCCCCCUCCCCCGCUCAGUCGGCCUCAUUCCUGCCCGAGCCCGUGGCCCGACCCACCUGGCUGCCGCGGGCUGGCUCCUGCCCCCGUCUUGCCUCAGACCGUGCUCUUUCAUUAACAGGGAUUAUCCUGUCGACUUCUCUGGGCACCAGGUGCUUUUCCGAGCACUUGACAAACACAAACUCCUCAGUCCCGGUAACGAACUGCCAGGGGGGUGCCGGAACCGCCCCACUUUGUGGAUGGGAUCAGGGAGAAACUCCCUCCAGUUGCUACCCCUGGGGCUUAGAAGCCAGAGACGGGCGUUUUCAAUGGCAGAAAUUGCUGUCAGGACAUGAAAAGAAGUGCAGAAAUACCUCAGGGAGACGCCAGGCUUCCCGUCGCCGUGGGAUUAUCCUGACAGUGAGGGAGGCGUGACUGAGAAAGGCUGAGCGCCCCUCUGAAGAGCCAGAAUUAAUCACGGCGACCGAAAGGAACGGCUCAGGUGAGUGCACUCAGCGCUCGGUGUGGCGUGGGAGUGGGCUCCGGGCGUGGACGGGGCUGCCCACGUCCACACGCCCGUUCAGCGGGUUUCGAGGGGCCCUAAGUGCACGCGUGGGGCCUCGCUGGGCCAGGAAAACUGAGCUGACACAUCACACGUUUAACUGAGAACAAGCAAACACAGAAAACCCAACACGUACACAUCAAUAUACAUACUUCCUCGGGAACGAAUACACUUUGGAGGGGAGUGUGUACUCAAUGCUAUGUGGCCUAAAAACGCCCUACUGGAAACUGGGACACUGUCUCCUACCCUCAAUCUAAGUCAGCGUCUCGGGCGUGGGAGAGGGUGGCCCGUGGCGGCCCAGGGGCUGGGGCCACGGGAUGUGCUCUCGGGACCAGGAGGAGCAACAGGCUGUCAGGCCGGGAAGAAGGAAGCAGAGAGGGGGCUGGGCCACCCGUCAGGAGCCACACACGCGCCCGCAGAGGCCCCAGUGGAGAGGCCCACGCCCCAGAUAACCGGGCCUGUGCCUGUUACCCUCCACGAGCAGCCCAGGGCUUGACAACAGGUAAAAUCGUUUUUGUCUGAAGACGAGAUCUAAACGUGCGUAAGCGGGUGCACACGGACACGUUCCAUGUACUUGCUGCAGUGAGUCCUGGGACCCUCAGCUGGCAAGUGGGGCCAAGAAAGGACGCCUCCUCUCCGUUCUCUGCUCUGUCUCCAGUCGGUCCUGCGUCGGGGGACGAGGCUGCAGCCGUAUCACCUGCGUGCACCUCCGCGAGGCUGGACAGACUGCACGAGCCUGGAGCAGCCGAUGACGACGCCACUCACCGCGACGGUGGCCUCGUCCGCGCUCCCCGCGCGCGAGGGGACGACCUCGUGAAGCUCACACGCCAUUCCUGCCUUUCCACCCGGGGUGCAGAGUUUCCAGGCUCACUCUUCCCCGGUCAGCUCGCAAGAGGGCCUCCCUUCGCAAGGGGGAGGUUGGAGCUCAGAGCGAGCCGCCUGCUGACCCCACCGACCAGCACUGACCCCACUCAGCAGACUCCCUUCGAUUCCCGGGCUCCUUACACGGUCCGUUGUACAAGCAAAUGAUUCUGACUCAUUCACGAACUCAUUUACUUGACAGCUUGGCUGCCCAGCGACGUGCAAAACGCCUGUGGAUGCUGCAGGGGAGCGGCCACACAUUGGGGGCCCAGGUCACACCCUCCAGGAGCCUCCCUUCCCAUGCACGACACAGGUGACCAAAUACCCACAGCGUGAGGUAGGGCGUCAUCGCCGUAGUAAGAGGCCGGUGCGUCGCCGGGUCCUGGGUGUGGAGCGGUCUGUCCGUGCGUUCAGGGACUCUGGGAAGGGCUGACCUCGUUCCGUGGCUGGGCUUCCGUGGGCACAAGGUCAGGGAAGGUCAUUGCAAGGGAAUGUGCCUGUGCCACAAGGGUCACGUAUUCUUUGUGCCAUGAACUGUGCAUACGUUUGUAAAUGCUUAUUUCAAGAAGAAAUAUGCAGUGAACGAUCUCUUAAGCCUCAAGGUGCAAUGGUCUGCAAAUCUAUGCGAAUCUGUGGUGUUUCCUUCCCAUCAAGGCGUUUCUCCCAAAAAGGCCCAGCUCCCCAGGGACAGCCGGCCUCACUGCUCUUCUGCCCCCGCCUGGAAGGCUGUGCUGGCGGGGUCUCGGGGAAGCCUGGGGGCAGGUCCCCUGAAGCGCGAGUGGAAGCCCGCUGCCCAGGAACAAUCUUCACAGACGUUCAUUUUAACUCUUUCUCGACCAACGCGUCCCCUGCGCCUCAGCGCCACCGGCCCAAGGAUUCCCUCCGGCCAGAGGACGCCUGCCCUCACAGCCGUGUCCUGCCUCUUUGAUCACACGCUACGGAAAACUUGUCACUGGAGUCCUGUCUCAAUGAUCCCCACAAAGUCAUCCUGUCUUCACUAGUCAGCGGUACAGUUUUGAGUUUUGAAAUCUCACCCUGCUAAGCACACACUCUCGGUGAGGUCUGCAGGCGGCCACCACUGUCUGUAACCUGGAAACCUCUUAUGCUCCCGCGUGCUCAGGGCCGUUUCCUACCGGUGGGACGGAGGGAUGCUGUCCUCUGGGGUCAGCCGGACGACUGGAGGGAGAUUAUCUGUGACAGGACUUCCCAGCUUUGUAACCGUUUUCCCUUCCAGGACUCGAUCAGCUCAUCCGGGCCCCUCCUGCCAAUGAGGGAGCAGGUAGCAGCCCAGGAGCCUGGCCGGCUGGGUUUCGGGUGGGUGAGAAGGACGGCCCCGCUCUCUUUGUCCACACUCACUCCUGGAGCGUCACCCAGCCCGCCGUGGAAGCGCCCGACCGUCCCCCCCAGAGCCCCACGCUUGCUCUGGCCUCGCCCGGAGUCCUGCAUGGACGUGCAGCCCUCAGCACGGGCACCCACACGACCUCCGCCUGCCCCCCGCCCCCCGCGGGUCCCCUGCCCCUCCUGCAGCCGCAGCCGCAGGAGAGGGCAGCCUCUGGGCACCUCUGGGUGCGUCUCACGCCUACGUCCUAUCCCCCCUGCAAACCUGCCGUUCUGCCCACAAAACGCCCAGAACUGGCUGCUUCUCACCCCUGCUCUGCUCCUGACCACCUCUAGCCGGGACUGUCACCGAGACCUGUGCCCGCCCUCCCUGCGCCUCCUGCCACACUUCACGCUGUCCCCUAUGUGGCACCUGGCGCGGCUGUGGGAACACGUCAGACCCUGUCACCAGUGCGCAGGUGGUGGGGGGUGGGGGGCUCCUCUUACUCAGAAGGGAACUCAGAGCCCCUAUAAGCCCCUGUGGGACUUGACCCCUGCAGCCAAGCUUCACAUUCCAGAACAUUCCUCCGGCUGCUCCUCUUCUGAGUGUGCAGGCAUCGUGCCCCUGCUGUUUCCCCCACUAUCAGGAGGCAGGGAAGGACAGGGAGUGGGGUCGCCGGCUACCUGCCGGGGGCCGGGGCAGUGGUCUCACGCAGCAGGCGUUUGUAAGCAAAUCACCGUGAGCGACGUGAGCCUUUGCCUGUUGUCCUUUUCUAAAGCUUAGACGAGAAUACUUGAGUUGUCAUUUCUAUGAAAUAAACUACACACGUGCAGAGUA